AUGCGAUCGUUGUCUUUGAUCUCCAUCCUCGCGGCAUUACCGAUACUGGUCGCAUCAACACCAGCACCUGCCAGCCAAGAUGAAGGCCCUGUUGAUUUCAACGCCAUUUUCAAGCCAGUCUUGUCUUCUGGCGCCCGUCUAUACCUCCCCAAUGACCCGGAAUAUUUUAAAGUGAAUGAAAGAUGGUCUAACUUGCAAGACCCGAGUUAUGUUGCUGCCAUUCAACCGGCCACCGAAGAAGAUGUGAAAAACAUUGUCAAAGCUGCCACUGAGCAUGAUAUUCCCUUUCUGGCCACCGGAUCAGGACACAGUGUCAAAACCGGCUAUACUUCCGUCAAGGGAGCGGUGAAUAUCGACCUCAAACUACUGAAAAACAUCUUCUUGGAUUUUGAGAACGACGCCGUGACUAUCGGACCGGGAGUUGUGAACAGCCAGGUGUAUGAUGUGCUAUAUGACGUGAAAAAGGAACUUCCCCUCAGCACCGAUCGCUGCAUCAGCACGCUCGGCACGAUGAUCGGAGGCGGUCUAGGAACCCUUUAUAGUGUUCGUGGUAUCCUGGCCGACUCUCUGAUCUCGGCCCAUGUUGUCACUGCCACAGGGGACUUAGUCACGGCCUCACAAACCGAGAAUGCGGAUCUCUUCUGGGCGAUUCGUGGUGCCGGUCAUAACUUUGGUAUCAUCACCUCCGCCACGUUCAAGAUGUACGACCAGACCAAUGGUGGCAACAGCGUGUUUGGUGAUUUCCUGAUCCCUAACUCCCGGAAUGCGUCCGCAUUUGAGUUGUUGAAGUCAGUGGAUGAGGAUCUUGAGCCGGGUGUCUUUUGGGGAAUUCUUGGUGGUUUCAACCAUACAACCAAAGAGGCUGAGCUUCAUGUUCGUCUGUUGAUAUUCGGAGACGAUGCAGAUGCUGCCCCCCAUCUGGCCAAAGUGGAAGCCCUCAACCCAACCGUCACCUCAUGGGCCAACACCACUUGGAAUACCUACGGCGAAGAAACAGCCAUCAUGUGCAACACGGGCUGGAAUGCGAACAUGUACUCAAUGGGUCUGAAGCGUACUGACGUGGACACAAUGGUUGCGGCGUUCACGAAUUGGAGCUCCUUCUCUGCCGAGAAUGAGUGGUUCAAUGGGUUGCUAAUGAUCGAGAGACAUUCCGAGGCUACGGUGAUGGCGGUUCCUGAAGAGGAGCGAGGAGUGUUUCCAUGGAGAGAUACCAAAAUCCAGAUGGUAUUCGUCAACUACAUCACUGACCCGAAAUACCAUGAUACAUUGGAUGACUUCAUCCAACCAUCUCGCGCAGAAAUCCAGGGUGUGAUGGGCUUUGAAAAUCACCACAGCUAUGUGAACGAGGCAUACGGCGAUGAAGGUCCGAGUGUCUGGUACGGAGAACAUAACUUACCCAGGCUGGUGGCGGCGAAGCAGAAGUGGGAUCCGAAGAAUCAUUUUGGACCGGGAAUGCCAGUUCCAUUGAGUCUCUAA